ACAAAAUGCGUGCCAAAUCGUUGCCGAGCUUCACUCUUAUCCUCUCCAUCCUCGUGCUCUUGAUCAGCUUCUCGCGGCAGAUAAAACCAGCCGCAGCGGACGGGUCAGAGACGGGAGGGUGCGAGGUCAGCAGCCGCUGCGGAGAUGCUGUAGACAUUAGCGACCCCUUCUGGCUCAGUGGGGGUGAUGCAUUCUGUGGCGAUCCCGCUUUUGAAGUCGAGUGCACAGGUGGUCUCCCCAUUCUGGCGAACUCCUUGGGAGGAGGGUCGUACUUUAUCAAACAGAUCUUCCACCGUAACAAGUCAUUGUUGGUUGCCAACACCCAAUUCGCCCGCGGCGACUGCCCGAUCCCUCACGACGAUUCCCAGUUAGGACUCCAUGAUCACGUCGACCAUUACUUCACGAUCAGCACCGCCAACAAAGUGCUCUUCUUGUUUCGUAACUGCUCGGGAAUCCCACCCGGCCAUCACGAAAGGAUACGGUGCGCUAAUGAUACUUUCGCUGAACUCGGUGAAAGCUAUGACUACCCAAAGCCGCCGAAUUGGUCGAGCGAGUGUGAGGUGGUCAAUGCACCGGUUUUCCCGUAUGGUGCAGAGGAAGAGAGUGGACGCACCAACUACGAGGAUCUCCUCAAGAACGGAUUUCUGGUGGAAUGGUGGUCGAACCCUGAAGGCUGUGAGGAAUGCAGAGAGAGCGACGGGAAGUGCGGGUCUCAUCACGAGACAGGGGACUUCGUCUGUCACUGCCCACGAGGAUGGGAUGAACCCAGCAGUUGCGGAAAACGACACAAAAAUAUGAACAAGCUUGUGAUAGGAAUUUGUGUAGGCGUAGGCUGCUUGGUCAUGGCAAGCUUCGGAUGCUUCUUUUAUUACCAUUGCAGCUGGAGGAGAAAACAGCAAUCAUCAUUUCUGCUAUCGCGAAACGUCUCUUCCCAUCCAACUUCUGAGAGUGAUCUAGAAUUCGGCAGCGAACAAUACCAUACCCAAAUCUUCAUGUACGAAGAACUGGAGGGUGCCACGGAUGGCUUCAGCACCUCAAAUGUGCUCGGUGAUGGCGGAUUUGGCACUGUCUACAAAGGAAAGCUCCGUGAUGGUCGAACGGUGGCCAUCAAGCGAUUCUACAAGGACAACUACAGGCUCGUCGAGCAGUUCAUCAACGAGGUCUACAUCCUCUCUUCCAUCCGCCACCAGAACCUCGUCACCCUGUACGGCUGCACCUCCCGCAGCAGUCGCGAGCUCCUCCUCGUGUACGAGUACGUGCCCAACGGCACCGUCGCAGACCACCUCCAUGGCUGCCGUGCUUGCGAGGGGGCCCUCACGUGGCCCCUCCGGAUGAGCAUCGCCAUCGAGACAGCCGACGCACUCAGCUACCUCCACGCCAUCACGCCCCAAAUCAUCCACCGAGACGUCAAGACCACCAACAUCUUGCUCGACAGGAGCUUCCAUGUCAAGGUUGGGGACUUCGGGUUAUCCAGGCUUUUCCCGGUCAACGCCACCCACGUAUCCACCGCACCACAGGGCACGCCCGGCUACGUCGACCCCGACUACCACCAGUGCUACCAGCUCACCGACAAAAGUGAUGUGUACAGCUUCGGGGUGAUGCUGGUAGAGCUCAUAUCUUCCAAGCCUGCUGUGGACGUCAGUAGGCAGAGCCGUGACAUCAAUUUGGCCAACAUGGCCAUCGACAAGAUCCAAAAGCAAGAACUGGAUCAGCUGGUCGAUCCAAAGCUCUGGUUUCGGUCGGACUGCAACAUAAGGACGAUGAUCGAGCGGGUGGCUGGAGUAGCGUUCAGGUGCUUGCAAGCGGAGAAGGAGAUGAGGCCUCCCAUCAAAGAGGUUCUCGAGGUACUGAAAGGGAUAGAGGAUGAGGGACGGAACGGCGCGAAGGGUGUGGAAGCUGAUGCUACGGUAAAUGACGAAGAUUGCUUGCUGAGGAAGAAGUCGCCGCCACAUUCGCCAGACUCUGUUGCAACACGGUGGGAAAGCAAGUCGACGACACCAAACUAUAGUGCUUGAUGAGGAUUUCCAGGGGAGAUCGAUGUUUACGUGUGCUAUUAAUGGGUUGCCGGUCGGCUGAACCGCCGGCUUCUCAGAAACCAAGAUCGUGCCAAAUUCUGCAGCCGAAUACGGGGCAGACAGCAGUAGACAUCAACAUUAGCACACUCAAUGGUACUUAAUAUCCCCCAAUGCUGCUGUCUAAUUGAGUUCCACAUAAAGUUUUACAACUAGAGGAACUCAAUUCAUCGAAACGAAGAUACAGAAAGAGAAGAUUUUUACCUCCAGAAACGAAAACACAGAACAAAUGGAAUCUCUCCACGGUCUGAGAUGCUAAAAGGUCACCUGCAGAGAAAGGGCACAAAUAUGACAAAGUAACCCAUCACAAGCGAGUUGCACAGCGUAACUCAAAUAGCAUGUUCGCGUGCUGCAUCAGACUCCCGCCUUUGAUUCCUCAUUUCCUCGUAGAACUUCUCUAUAAACCUCUCUGCUCUCUGAUCCACGGUCCCGUCCUCUUCAUCACCGUACUCCGAGAACUCACGAGAGAGUUCUCUUCCGAUUCCAUCGUCAUCGUACAGAAGCUCGUCCCGAAAAGCUCCGCCGGGCGACAGCAUCUCGUGCUCAUCCUGGAACACGCCACCCUCCGCGACAGACUCCGCGCCAUCGCCGCCGCAAAGCAGCGACAGAAAGCGGCUCCUCUUCUUCGGCGGGGCACAAGGGCGGCGGAAGAGCGGGGAGUUGGAGGGCGAGAACUCGUACUCCGCGAUGAAGGCGUAGUUGUAGUGCCGGAGGAGGUUGAACCUUUUGGUCCGCUUGAGGAGCAGCAGCUUCCGGGCGAUGGGCCGCCUGACCUUGGCCACGCGGGUACUGAAGCUGAGGGCGAUGAGGUCCAACGCCUUCCUGACGAUGGGGCUCCUCUUUCUCACCAUGGCUGCGCAUCCUCCUUCCUCGGCCGGGGUCUUAAUGGAGGGAGGCGCGGGCGGAGCGAGUGGGGUAUAGAGCUGGAAAGCGAUGCUGCCGAGGUCGGUGGAUUUGUACUUUAGCUCUGAAAUUUGAAACAGCGAGGCAGCUGCAGGUAGCCGUUGAUGCGAGCGGUGUCCCACUAUCGGAAGCAUACGAGCUCGCGAGCAGUGUCGUGAGGGAGUUCGUGGGUGGUGUUGAGCAAUUCGGGUGUUUUCUGUGAUCGUGCUACGGAGACGUAUGGGAUGUUUUUGUUCUGUAUCGAUGGAUGGAUGCUUUGGACAUAAACAACAUUUCGUAUUUGUCUUA